AUGGCGGACGACGACUUGGCUAGCGCCAUCGCCCUCAGCUUGCAAGAAUCGAACCUGAACACCAGGGCUCCGAUAAUGGUCGAAAGUGGCGAAGAGGACGACCAGGAAUUACAGUUCCAAGCUGACCUCAAACGAGCGCUAGAAGCAUCAAAAUCUGAAUUGUCGCGUGAGGCCAGGUCACAGUCCAAUUCAGAAUCCUCAACAAAUUUGUCGCGAGUGACUGCAGAUGUUGGGGGAUCCACUAGCUCCAACGCGUUCACCUUCUUGGCAGAUAGAGCUCAAAUGGAGAAGGAAAGGCAGGAGCGGCAACGUCGCCUUUUCAAGCAACAAGGGAAAAUGACCGCUCAUCGCGAAGAGGACAACAAUGACUCUGAUGUUGAAGAACCAUGUGCUAAACGACCACGUCUUACUGCGUCCCACUCCAUCAACUCCUCUGGCAGAAAUUCAAGAGCCUCUCCUUCAUCUACUUCAGGUACUGAUUCCAUUUUUUGGAAUGGGGAGUUCAGACAGACAGCCACUCGUCAUGCUGAUCCCAGGAAGGAUAACAUGGCGACAUUCCGGUUAACAGAGGUCCUUGGACAGAAAAAAGACAUAGCAUUUGCAAUCCUAUCAUCAUAUUCGUUGGAUUGGAUGUGGAUAUACCAGUUUUUCGAUCCCGCCACUCCAGUGAUCAUGGUUGCCCAACCCGAUCAAACUGGUCGAGCUAUCAUCAAGAAUGUCCUUCCACACUGGAUUAAGACAACGCCAUACCUACGCGGCGGCCAUGGCUGCCAACACAUGAAGUUCAUGUUGCUUUUUUACAGGAAUGGACGCCUCCGUGUCGUGGUUUCGACGGCCAACUUGAUUGAGUACGAUUGGCGUGACAUGGAAAACUCUGUAUGGCUUCAAGAUGUGCCCUUGCGUUCUUCUCCCAUUCCUCACGACCCAAAAGCGACCAAUGACUUUCCUUCAAUUAUUCAACGUGUGCUUAACUCCCUCAAUGUCAAACCACACCCGAACUUGGCCCUUAAAAGCAUAGAGGACUUACGAUGCCGCUGGGAUUGGUCCAAGGUCAAGGUUCAUUUGGUGCCCUCUAUUGCUGGUAAGCACGAAGGGUGGCCAGCUGUCAUAAAGACUGGCCACCCCAGGCUUAUGAUGGCUGUCCGUGAAAUGGCUAUGCGGACAGGUAAAGGAAAGGCCAAGGAGCUCAUCCUUGAAUGUCAGGGAUCAAGCCUAGGAAUAUAUACAACUCAAUGGAUGAACGAGUUUCACUGGUCUGCACGCGGUGAAUCGGCCGAGGAUUGGCUUGAUGAGCCCAAGAAACGACGCGAGAAGCUUCCGUACCCGCCUAUCAAAAUCUUCUUUCCUUCCAAGCGAACUGUUCAAGAAAGUGCCCUCGGCGAGAAGGGUGGAGGUACGAUCUUUUGUAGGCGGAAACAGUGGAGCACAAAAAACUUUCCGAGGGACCACUUCUACGACUCAAAAAGCAAAGGCGGACCUGUUCUCAUGCACUCAAAGAUGAUUAUUGCCACGCACCAGGAAACAACACGGAAAACUUUACAAGCCGCGGAAUCGAGUUCGGAAGAAGACGACGACAUCGAAGUGGUUGACCCACCUCUUGGCUGGUCAUACUUGGGAUCGCACAAUUUUACCCCUUCCGCAUGGGGCAAUUUGUCAGGUUCCUCGUUUAACCCAGUUCUUAAUAUCGCGAACUACGAGCUUGGGAUAGUUUUUCCUGUGAAAGACGCUGCGGAAGCCGAUAAAGUCGCUUGCUGGCAACGCCCACCGAGAAAGUAUACAACGAAAGACGAACCCUGGAUGCAAGAGGAAUCUGUUUAUCACCAAUCAUGA